CCGUGACAAGUCUGUAGUCGUCUUUAAUCUGUGGUUAUUCUUUAAUCGUUAUAGUCUGUGGAUAUAUUUUUAUGUACCACCAGGGAACUAGUUUUUAUUUUGAAAUUUGGAAUUUUUAAAUUAACAAAUGUAUGAGUUUCAAGGUAAAGAUGAUAGUUUUCGUGUAGAUAAUCUUAACUUUAUACAAAAGUUAAAGGAGAGAUGGCAUGAAUUGCACGUGAAUACGAGUAUUUUUAGAUACAAAUUAGGAACUUUAAAAGAGAAACUAGCCGGAAAUUAUGUGCUAAAGCUAAACCAUGAUAGAAGUGUAAAAAGAAGACAGCCCGAACAUAUGACAGAUAUUUGUCAGCCAUUUGAUGAAAAUAAAUUUAAUUUCUCAAAGGUAUCAAGUGAAGAAGUUCUCUACAAAUUUUGGAACAAAGAUGCUACAAAUAUACAUGCAAUUGUUGUAAAUGUUAGCCCUAUAAACUACUACCAUUCACUACUGUGUCCAUCUAUUUAUCAAAUGCUUCCACAAGUGGUCACACUGGAUAGUCUGAAGUUAGUUUUAUAUAUUCAUUCAUUGUCCCAGGAUUGUGACCUACGGAUUGCUUAUAACAGCUUAUGUGCACUGGCUUCAGUGAAUCACUUACAUUAUCAUCUUUUGUUUGAAAAACAAAAAUUGCCUAUUGAAUAUGCUAACUGCAUUCACAUCAAAGGCCCACUUUGGUUGAUGGAAAACUAUCCAAUACCAGGAUUUUGCUUUGAUGGCAAUGCAAAGAAUGCAGCGGAGGAUAUUUUUAAACUCAUCCAAUAUUUUUUGGCAAAUUCCAUCGCACAUAAUAUAUUCAUAACUAAAGGCUGUUGUUUUAAUAACGGAGAUGAUGUGACAAGAGUGUUUGUGUUUGCAAGAAAGAGUACAGCUGGUGCUAAGCAAUUGAGUGCAUUUAAUGUUGCUGCGUUGGAACUCGGGGGAUACUUCGCUGUGUAUUCUGAUGAAGAUUUUGAAAAACUCGAAGUUCAUGAUUUAGACAGAGAACUAGCAAAAUGGAAAUUAGAUAAUUUUGACCAAUUAUGCAAAGAGGUUGAAAAAUUAUUUCUGUGAUGGUGUUUUAGAAAUUUUAAAAAUGUAUUUGUUUAUUAACAUCGAUAAGACAAAUCUUAUUAAAAACUUUAAACAUUAA